AUGUCUCGAGCUUCGAAGUUGACCCUCGCUGCCACGGGUCUGGGCACCGCAGGCAUCAUUUACUUUGUCCACUGGACUCAAGAGAACGACCGAAAGGCCAUGCACAGAGGUGUCGAGCGCGACAUGGAGAAACAGCGAAUUCGUCAAGAGCGCCAAGCCGAGUUCGAACUGCAAAAACGUCUCGAGGAAGAAUAUCUCAAGCUGCAGACUGUGCAUAGUACGACCGAGACGCCGGGGGUGGGAACUCAAAAGACGAGUCCGGGUUCAUGA